AAUUUGAUAAACAAUAAUAAGUUGUUUUCAACAUCCUAAUAUGUGAACAAAUAGAUUUCAGCAUUUGGAAUUACACAUUGAAACUUGGGGUAUGAAUAUUUACAGCAGUAUUCUGAAGUUGCUUUAUACCAGUGUUUUCAAAUUAUUGAUGAUAUGUGUAUUUUAUUCACUAGGACAACAGUCGUUUUCCACUGACAGAAGAAUUUUCGUUGGCAGAAAUGAAACUGUUAUCCUUAACUGCACAUGUUUUAAUAAGAACGAAAGUUCUUGGCGAGUCCUGAAAUACCCAAGAGUUACAGCAAGAGAAAUAGAUGCAAUAGAUGAACCUUACAUACCAUAUACAGAAGGACUUUUACUCAAUCCAAAACUGAUGAACUCAAACAUUGACAUCGUUGGUGAUUACAAAAGCGGUGAAUGUAACCUCAUUAUUCGUAAUUUUUCGAAUCAUGAUGAAGGAACCUACAAAUGUGAAUAUUGGAAAAAUGGAAAUAUCUAUAUAGACACCUACCAUGUGCAAAUAAGGAAUCCUGUGGUUAUGGAAGUAACAUAUACUAAUUUUGAGAACCAAUUAACGAUCGAUUGUAAAGCUAAAGGAGGGGAGCCUGAUAACUACACUGUUAACCUUUGGGAACAUCGUUCUGAAUUUAAUGAAUAUAUUCGGAGUUUUGAAGGCGGUAAAUUAACUUUUUCAGAAUUAAAUAGUAAAGACAAUUCGUACGAAAAUGAUGGUAUUUAUACGUGUCAAGCAACGAACGGUAUGAUUGGAGCAAAAAGGAGAUUAGCACAGAAAGGGUCUAUUCUCAUCAACAAUAAAGUCCCACCAAUAUUUGUGAGUUCAAACAAUGAAGUACAAGAUGGACGAUACGGUCAGAAGAUUAAUUUGACGGUGAUUUUGUACAAUAAGUUUGGCAGGAUACAAACAUAUAUUUCAAAACUAAAUGAGUCUUUAAAUAUAUCUGCAAACCAGCAGCUAAUUCUUACGCAUGAACUUUCCCACAAUGUGAAUAUAACCGUAUCUGGAAUAAAAGUAACAUUUCAGAUGAUAUUGGAUAAAGAUGACGAUUUUACUAACUACACAAUCAAAGCUUGUAACGAAGAAGGAUGUAAUGAAUUUAUUGUUGAGAUCAUAUUAUCAGGUCAUAAAAAAUCAGAAUGUAACAAUGACUGGAAGUGCAAGACGUGCGGUACAAAUGGUCAUAUCUCUAAAGACUGCACAGCUGAGUUUGAUAAGAACAGUCAAGCUGACUCAGAUGUGUCGUCCGAAGAGUCAGAUGAAGCAAGUGAAUCUGAAUCUGAGAAAGGUGAGGAGAUUGUUCUAUUACAAUCUACCGAAAACUUAUUAGACAUAACACAUACUGAGGACAUCAGCAAAAAUGCUGAACUUCCCACAGAUACAAACAACACAAAUGUACCAGACCAAAAUCCAUCUGAACUGAAGUCUGAUGAAACAGAUCAACAGCAUCCUGAACAAUGCAUGAAAAAAAAAAAGAAAAAGAAAAAAACAUCCAAAUCACCAGCAACAACUUAUGGUCCACUAGAUAAGUACCUCGGGACAACCAUGACAACCCCUCAGCAGAAAUCAUCCAAACGUUCCGCCACCACACCAACUGAUAAGUUACAUGACCGUGAGAUUGGCUCAUCAAAACCAAGGACAUCUGACCAUAACACAUAA